GACGCACAAAGAGCCAAUGCUGCUGCCUUCGCUGGAGCUCGAACCUGGGUGAACUUCCCCAUGAAUCCUGAAGAGUGGGCUUGCUACCACUCAAGCCAGGGGAGAAGUCCUAAAACGUGUUAUUUAGUGACUUUUAAGUUAAAAACUAAUUACUAAUCAAUUUUGACCAUUAAAAACCGCCAAUCUCUUCACCAUCCAAACUUAAUUUGCUUCUCUCUCUCUCUCUCUCUCUCUCUCGCUUGAAGCUAGGAGCUAUGGCUACUCAACCGAUCAUCAGAAUCGCCGGCCUCUGCGGCUCUCUGCGGAAAGGCUCCUUCAACCGCGGCCUCCUCCGCGCAGCUAUGGAGAUAUGCGAGGAAUGGUUGAAGGGGACGGAGAUAGAGUACCUGGAUAUAUCGGCGUUGCCGUUCCUGAACACCGAUCUCGAGGUCGACGGAACCUACCCGCCGGCGGUGGAGGACUUCCGCCGGAAAAUCCUUCAAGCUGAUGCCAUCAUUUUUGCUUCCCCCGAAUACAAUUACUCCGUCACUGGACCAUUGAAGAAUGCAAUUGAUUGGGCAUCUCGGCCCCCGAAUGUUUGGGGUGGUAAAACGGCAGCAAUCAUGAGUGCGGCCGGGGGUUCUCGCGGGAUACGAGCACAAUAUCAUCUCCGCCAGAUCGGGGUAUGCAUCGACCUUCAUUUCAUUAACAAGCCUCAACUUUUCAUCCAUGCUUUCCAGCCCCCUCCCAAGUUUGACACUAGCAAUGGGGACUUGAUUGAUGCUGAAACCAAGGACAAAAUCAAGGCUCUUCUUCUGUCUUUGCAAGCAUUUACACUGAGGAUGAAAGGUAUUCCCCAGUGAGUGAUGUUAGUAGGGGCUUCGGUUCCUAGCUACCGAACCGUAUACGAAUUGUUUUUCAUCACUUCGAUGGACUUAUUGAAAUGAAUCAACAUUCAAUCUCUUUGGAACAAUCUCUCUACUUCCAAGUAGAGCAAUAUUUGUGUACACGCACUCUCCCAAAAUCCUACUUUCUUAUGAGAUUCUACUCAGUUUGUUGUUAUUAGUAUGCAAGAAUACUUCUUUUCUUGGCUACAAAUCUGGGUACCUUUGUAAUGUAUGUGAACUUGACGUUUCGUUUUCCCCCUUCAUAAACUUAAAUUUUGCACACAUCUAACUGUCUUAGCUACAUAGGAAGAAAAUGCCUUUAACUGAUAAUCUUACUUUCCAUAGAUGAACUAGGAUAAACCUUGAAUAAUUGUGGGUCAAGUAGUAAGUAGAUACAUGACUAUUUAAAAAAAUUAGAAAUCGGAACGAAUGGUCCUUCAAGUACGAAAUCGGAAUGACAAAUCUCUUCUUUUCGCCCUCCCCGACAUAAACUGCAAAGUGUCCCUUAGGAACCUCACUUUCUCUGUUUGUUCUUGAAGAAGACCUUCUUAGGCCUUGUUUACCACGGAGAAUGUGCCCCAUACUAAUAGCCAUGUUCAGAUUCUGGGUUGUGGAGGAUGAAAUUCAGCUUAAGUUGAAGGAGGCAGAAAAAAGAUGUUUAUGGAGG